CACUGAGAGUCGACAUGUUCCCUCUGGCCGUGAGGAGUCUGAGGGUCGGUUCCUUCCUAUGAUUCUCUGAGGGAGGGACGACGCUUGGCUGACUAGCGCGGCGGGGCCUGCGGGCUCCGAGCCUGGACGCUGGGCCGUGUCCCUCCCGCCUACGCUUAGGGCCCGCCUUGCAAGGCCAGGGCUGCCCUCCCCAAGUUCGUGGCACGAGGGCGGAUAGGAAGGACGGGCUGCGGCGUGGUGGGUCCUGCGCGCCUCUGAUGAGCCUGUGCUAACCGGGGGUCCAGGGUGCGCUUUGGAGAUCCGGGAGGAGGAGAGUCCUGCAAAAAGGCAACUCGAGGGCUCCCUUGGCGGGAAGGAGGCAAAGAAAGCGGCUUAUUAACAAGGUCCGAAUAUAUCUGUCACAUUCGGCCGUAAGAGAUCGAGAGAAAGGAAUUGCACGCGUGUGAGGAGCCGACAACAUAUAAAAGCAUGGGGGAGAAACUGAAGAAUAAUCCCAGAUUCUCGGGGGCAGCGGCAGGACAAAAGACAGAUGAAAUUUAGAAUCAUCUUUUCAAGUUCUAUAGAAAAUCUUGUUGGGAUAUUGUUUGUGAUUGCAUUGAAUUUAUAGAUUACUUUGAGAAGAGGCAUUCUUUUGAGUUUUUCCUUCUAGGAGAAUAGCAUUUAUGACAGUAACAGAGAACAGGACUAUGUCAAGAACUCUGGGGGUAUACUUGGUGACAAUGAAUUAAGACCACCCUCCCAGCUACAUUCUCUCUUAGAGAAGACCAGGACAGGGUUCAUAUCAGAAAAGAAGAGCAGUUUCAAUUCUCCAUACUUCUUACUUGGACUCUGCAUCUGAGCAUGGUUUUCAGUACACUCAAGUGACUUUGGUGAAAAAUGACAUUUUCUUAAAUGAGUACAAAACUUUUUACCAAGAAAAAAAAGCAAGUAACUAUACUCAGGAAGAACUCCAAGAAACUUACGGAUUUCUUCUGUUUGAAACUGAAAGUCAGGCAAAGUUGGUAUGUCAGCGUGGACUCUGUAUUGGCAGCAGUGCUAUUACCACUCUUGGUGAUCCAGGAAAAGGGAAAAGUCAAAUUCGUGUCUGAGAAUUACACAACUAAUUAUAUUAGCCCAUCUUCUGGCUAUGAUUGCCAUGUGGCUGCAAAUACUAACAAGGUUUCUCACAAGACAAGUCACUUUCGCGCCUUUGAACUGAGUCAGUAUUACCUGUAUGAACUUUCAGGCAGCACUAUUAUUGAGCGACCUAGACAGAUUCAUCCUUAUGUAAUUGUAGCUUUUCAGUACAGGGAACCUAAAAAGAUGGCAGCACCAGCUCAUAAAAGCAUAUUUGAACUCAAUGAAAAUGUUCUCAUCUCCCCAUGGAAAGGGAAAUUAAUUAUUCAAGGCUGUCUGCUAUGUGACAUAACUCUUCGGUCCUCUUACGGUACAGUGGUUCCAACACAACUACCACAUGAACUAGAUUUUAAGUAUAUAAUGAAAGUGUCCUCUUUGAAAAAAAGUCUACCAGAAGCUGCCUUUAGAAAACAGAAUUAUUUGGAGCAAAAAGUCUGUUGCCAAGAUAUGUGCUUCAAUAUGUAUGAUGUGGAACUAUCAAACAAACAAGGGGAAAAAAUAGAUAAACUAACCGAAGUCAUUAAAAAUAAGCAAUUGGCACUCAUCAAAUGCUUAGAAGAUCAGGAGGUUUUCAUUUUAUUUACAUCAUCAGCCUUAAUAUCAGAAACAAAUUUUGGAGAUGAGCAGAUGGCUCUACAUGGAUUACAUUUAUUCCAUUCAUCUCAGUCAUCAGGGCUGAAAGACUUGAAAGUUGAAGAUGACAUGUUAUUUAAGGUGAUACCUAUUUUACCUGCCCUUAAUUGUGCCCUGCUAGAAGCAAAGAAAUCAUUUACUGAAGAAGGAAUCUGUCUAAAUACAUUAGUAAAGCAUAAUUUUCAAGAAUCGUACAAGAUGGAGAAAGGUCUGUUGACAACUUCUCAGGAUGGAAUGAAAGAGACUGCAUUCUUUGGCAAACUGUCCAAUGGUUUUGACUUGGUUCCUCCAGCUGAAAAGUGCCCUUUACAGUCUUUAAAUCAGUUGAAGUCUUAUUUUUCAGAUCCUAGUGGAUACAUUUUGGAAGUAUCUACGGUGUUAGAUUUAUUAGCAGAGCGUCCUCAGUCUCCUUGUAUUUCAGAUGGAAUUUGUGAUGCUGGAUUUUCUUUAGUUAUCACUCCAGAUCCUGAAUUUCUUGACUCAGAGGCAGAAGUAAGAAGAGAAACUGAAACAAAAAAGAAUUCUGAAGAAAUGUUUAAAGCUAGGAAGAGAACUAUAGUUCCAUUAAAUGCAGCAUCAAAUCUAAGAGUUCAGCCAAAGAGAAAGGCUAGCAUGCCACCUAUGGUGCAGAGUAAAAGAAUGAACUUAUGCCGUCCCUUUCCCAAAAGAACUGCUGGAGCAAACAGGGGUUCAGCUCCUCCAGCUACUCUCAAACUAGUUAAAGGACAGUUUCCUCAGAAAAGAAAACGAGGUGCUGAAGUACUGACUGCACAGUUUGUACAGACAACCAAAUUGGAUAGGAAAAAACAAGAAUCUCCUAUUUCUAAAGAUGUUCCAGUUGCAACGAAUGCUAAAAGAGCAAGGAAACAAGAGAAAUCUCCAGUCAAGACUAUUCCCAGGGUUAAGCCACCUGUGAAGAAAUCUCCACAAAAACAGAGGGUAAAUAUAGUAAAAGGCAAUCAGAAUCACAGAAUCAGAAAACAGCCACAACCUGCCAAAGGAGAAACUGCUUCACAGCUUCAGUCAAAAAUUUCAUCACAUGAGCAAGAUGUUAUUAGCAUAAACACAGCUCAACCAGAAAAUAUAACAGUGUUUCAGAAAGCUCCAGCUGAGAACUCCAUUGUCAACUGUGACUCCCAGGCCCUGAAUCUGUUAGCUGAUCUAGCAUUAAGCGCUGCUACCUCUACCACACCGCCAUCUGACCCCAGAGACCUUCCCUGCUCUUCUGAAUUGCCACAAAGAGAACAAUCUCUGAGCAGUACAUCUGACCAUGAAUAUCAUAGAGGAGUUAAAAGUCAAAAAGGUGGACUGUUACCUAAGCCCUCCUCUGAUAAGAAGAGUAAUCUGACAUCAGACUCCACUGUCAGCCAAAAAGAAGAGAGCUUGGUUCCUGGCAGUCAGGCCCCUGUUGAAGCCCAGUCAGCACUUCCUGAGGAAACACUAGAAACUUCAGAUGCAAGCCAAAGUUCUUUUGUUGCUGUGGAACAUUCCUAUGCCCUGCUCCUUUCAGGACAUGCAAAGAAGUUGCUACAGCAGAGGGGGGUAGCAGGCCAUGCCUUUGUCAAGAAUGGCACAAAAGGCCCUGAAGUAGGAACUCCAGUGGGAAAAGUAAUGCCAUUUCGACAUCAGCUGAGCACCUCCCCUCUUCAAAAGCUUUCUGAGGACUCAAUAUUCAAGCGCAGGAGAUUACUGUCCUCCAGCCUGAGAGACUUUUACUACUCUCAUACUGUGUUCAGCUGUGAUGGCUCCUUCAAGGUCACUUUCACAUGUGAAACAAAUUAUGUAUUCAGCUUAGACAGCAAAUAUACCAACAACCCACUGGAGAAAACUGUACUAAGAGCAUUACAUGGGCCCUGGAACACUGAUUUACCUGAUAACAUGGAAGAAGUGAAGCUUUUACUUCAUAUGUGGGUAGCGCUGUUUUAUAGCAAUCAAAACAAAGUCAUACGAUCAUCCCGAAAAGUAGUAGAACACAGCAACCCUGCCAAAUAUGUGUCUAUAAAUAGCACAAUAGAAUCUUUUGAAUUCAGUGAAAUUGAGGAGUCCCCCAGUGUGGAAAGGUGUUCUGUUGGCCCUUUGUUGGAGACAAACGAAGCUCCCAGAGGUCAUAGUACCGAAGUGUCCCUCCCUGACACUAAAUCCUUGCUUCCUUUCAUUAAACCACCACCUGCAAGAGGCUUGGAACUCUGGGAACAGAAUGAACAUAAAGAAGUUUUUGUAAGAGAGGGUCAUCCAGAUACCCCAGAAAACCAGAAUUUCAUCUAUUCUUGUAAUAAUGAGAUUAUUGAGGGGAAAGCUGAACAAGAAUCAUCAGAUAAACCAGAGAUUUCUAAUCGUUUGCUUCCUAGCACUGGAAGUACGCAGAGUAAUGGACCUUCUAUUCCUAGUGAAGAUAAAACCUUUGAGCCAUUUGAUAGCACAAGAGUGACUUCUUAUGAUACUGUCACGCAAACCACAUUCACCAAGACUUGUGAUGGGAUCAGCAAUCAGCCAGUGUUUUUUCAGAAAUCUGUGUAUAGCACCCUUGACAGCAGAGUAGAUCUUUUUCAUGCAACAAUGCAAGCAAAAACAAGUGGUUUACAGGCCCUUAUCCAGCGUAGCAGCCCCCAAAACAAAGAAUGUCAGCCUUCAUUGGCAAAAAAGGAUGAUAUAGGGUAUGUAAUGAUUAAUCUGGACCCAGUUUCUCUCACUUUUGAAAAAAAUGCCCGCCUACCACUACAGACAGAAAUUGUAAAUAGAGCUGAUAAACCUACAACCUUUAAUAUGGAGUUGAUUAAACAAGUAUCGCCUGCUACAAGUCUUAGACUUCCUGUAUCCACAUUUGAAAAGGUGCAAACACAAGGUCUGAAGGACAUUCUGUCUCUAGCAGUAUCAGGAGAAAAAGGCUCUAAGUACCUGUGUGCCACCUCAGUAAGUGGAGAGACAUUAGCUAAUAAUGAAAUGUGUUCAUUACAGAAAGAGAUACCUGUUUCAGGCUCAUCAUCACCAUUUGAUAAUUCAUUGGGAAAGGAGAUACUACCAUUAGUUAAAAGUUCUAAUUAUUCAUUACCCAAGGAAGAACUGAAACACUCUCAAGAAUUUUUUCUGCAGCCUAAGAGUCUCUUAAGCGUAUCUUCAGAAGAGAUUUUGGAGCCAUCACAGAUUGAAAACGAAGCCUUACCAUCAGCUUCUGCCACAUUGGAAAAAAAUUACUCACCUAAAUGCUUUCCAUCAAGCAUUAAUACAUCAAAUGGCUCUUUAGAAUUAAAGAGUGGUCUAAGCAGUGAAAAUAGGAAUUUUGAAUUAUUUAAUUCAGCGUUUGCUAAACAAUCCAGCCUCUCUGUAAAUGGAGAGGAGGUCAACCUAGAGUUGGAGGAAGAUUCUGACAUUGACCUAACUCUCACAAUAUCACCACCUACAAGUCCCAGAGAAGAAAUGCCAGCUGGUGAAAUAGAGCAACAUCAGGAGGCCCCAUUAUCAAACUUAGAACUCCAGGAUAUGGAUGUAGACAUAAUUGAGCCAGAAGAGUUAACUUUUAUAGGAAACAGAGGAGUGAAUUCUGCUAAAUAUACAUCACUGCCUCCCACAGUGUCUGAGAAACCAUUAGAAAAGGAGGAGAGAAAAGGCGAUAACUUACAAAUGGUUACUUUAAUACUUCCUAAAGAAACUUGUGCCCUUGAGCUCACAGAGGAAGUUAAUGUUACCUCAGAUUUUCCCUUUGGUUCUUUAAUUGAAGAAGUGUCACCAGCUUCUAGCCCUGACCCCCAGGUACCAGUUGAAGAAACACGGCCAUCUUGGGCUAUGUCUCCAUGUAGUUUAAAACAUCCUGAUACACAGUGUGAGAAACGUGAAACCUUCUCCCAGAUUGAGUCAGUAGAUUUGAGCAUAAUAGAAAAAGAAAAUUCUUUUGUUGGUUCUAUCUAUCCAGUGGGACAAGAUAACUUAACUCAGGUACAACAAAUACAACUUUCUGCUGAAAUGCCUUUAGUAUUAAAUAAUCACCCAGGAAAAACAGAUAGUCAUUUAACCCUUUUAGAUAAAGUAACUGAGGAAAUUGUCCCAAGUGAGCAUAAUGAGGGUUUCUCUCUCUCAGAAAAAGUGCCAUGCUGUGAUACAGAGUUAGACCAACCUGCUUCAACUGCCAGUCACAGAGCUGACUUCAAGACUUCUCUAGAAAAAUUGGUAACUUCAGGAAGCCUAUUGCAGUCAAUUAGUAUAGAGAACAGAAAUUCAGACUUAAAUCACCUUGCCUUGGAGACUAGUGAACCUCCGUUUAGUCCUAGAAAGAUUUUGGAAAAAAUGUCUUCGGUUGACACAUUUGUUUCCACAAGUGGUCCAAGUGAUAUAGUAAAUGUAUCAUUAAAUCAGCAAACUAGCCCUAAAAGCAUUAAGAGUCUCUUUAGCAGUGAUUUGAAAACAAAUGAAGGCAAUUACAUGCAAACUCAGUCCUUGAGCUCUGACAUAAUUGAUGACACUGAUAAUACACAGGCACACAUGCACUCAGAGAUCCCUAAACUGGCUUUUUCCUCAAAUGGUGCUACCUUAACCCAUUUUACAAGACCCAUAACCAGAGAGACAGCGUUUCAAACACAGGAAAUAUCAGUAGUUAGAAUGGCCGAUUUGCUUAAGAAUAGUGAAACUGAAGCUGAAUUACAUGAAAACAACAAAGAUCUAGGAGGUGUUGGCUCUGAAUUAAGCACCACAUCUCCAAAAGGCAAACAAAAAACCAUCCGUAUGUCACAAGAUACAUCAGCAUGUGAAGCACAAGAUCUGUUGAAUGGAGGGCUUUUCCCCAUGUACUUACAUGCUGAUUCUCACCAAAAUACAGCAGUCAUCAAUGAAAAUACCAAUGAAGAGCCUUCUGCCUUUUUUGUUCCCAAAUCUGCCUCCCUUGUUUGUGGAGUCGCUAAUGAACAGAUGGAAAAUAAAAGCUCUGGUGAAGGGCUCCAGACCAAGGAGGACUCUGAAACUGUGUGUGGAGACAUGGAUGUUAGUGUAAAUUCUGACUUCCAUUAUGAACCACUUUCCGGAGACUCUGAUCAGGACUCUUUUGGUGAUUGUAGAAAUCUCAAAUUUGACAUACAGCGUUCCUGCACUUCACGAUAUAGUCACAACAAGGAAGAAGGUGCUUUGAAAGAUGAUUAUGACUCUUUCCUGAGCCUAAACAAUAGUGAUAAUGAUGAUUGGGGCUACUCUAACAAAAUUCCAGGGUUGGACACCAUACCUCCCCAAAACUGGUCCGUUGGAUUAAAGAAGGAAGAUAAGUGUGUGCCAUGUUACAUCCAAAUCAGAGAUCUCUGCGGUAUGCCCAGGACUUACACUAACUUUACUGUAACUAAAGAGGUCAAAGAUACCAAGAGAACUUUGCACAGCCUGAGAAAGCACCCCAAUUUCACAGCUAACCAUGGCUUGCUUAGCUCCUGGACAAGUACUUGGCAGGUGGCAGACGACCUUACCCAGAACACUUUAGAUCUGGAAUAUCUGCGUUUUGACCAGAAACUGAAACAAAUUGUAAAGAGGGGGGGUUCUCAGCGUUCUGCAUCUUCAGCCAACAUCUUUCUGAAGGAACCACCUCUCCAAAUUGUCGCUGACGCUUUCCCUUUGCCAAAAAUAUCCGAGUCCCCAGUUCUCCAUCCUCAGUCCCGGAGCAGAAGUCCCCUUGUGGUAACAAUCAUGCACUCAGACACCAGACCACAGAGUGAGCACCUAAGAUGCCACAAGCCCAGCGAUUUAGACAGUUAUUCCUUUUGGAAGGAAAGAUGUGACCACAGGAGAAAUCAUACAAAUUCUAAAAGAAAUCAGACUGUUUCUUUCCACCUCAACAAACUGAAAUAUAACAGUACUUUGAAGGAAUCCCGAAAUGAUAUCUCCCUUAUUCUCAAUGAAUAUGCGGAAUUCAACAGGGUGAUGAUGAAUGGCAACCAAGUCGUUUUCCAAGAUAGAGAGUCAAAUGUUGCUUCUGAAGAAGCCACAUCUCAAGAGAUGUGUUCAUCUUCCCCAAGGUCAGCCUCCUACGAAGACAUGAUUACAGACUUGUGUAGCAGUUUGCACGUCAAACUAACAAGUGUUGUGAAUGAGGCUUGCAAAAGCACCUUUCUGUUCUACCUUGUUGAGACAGAAGACAAGUCAUUCUUUCUGAGAACAAAGAAUAUUCUGAGGAAAGGAGGCCAUACAGAAAUUGAACCUCAGCAUUUCUGUCAAGCUUUUCACAGAGAGAAUGAUACACUAAUGGUCAUCAUCAAAAAUGAAGAUAUCUCAUCACAUUUUCAUCAAAUUCCUUCUUUGCUGAAGCUGAAGCAUUUUCCCAGUGUCAUCUUCGCUGGAGUAGAUAGCCCUGAAGAUGUUCUCAACUGCACCUUCCAAGAGCUGUUUCGGGCAGGAGGCUUUGUGGUAUCAGAUGACAGAAUAUUAGAAACUUUAACAUUAGUUCAACUGAAGGAAAUUGUGAAAAUCCUGGAGAAACUAAAUGGAAAUGGAAGAUGGAAGUGGUUGCUUCACUACAGGGAAAAUAAAAAGCUAAAGGAAGAUGUAAGAGUGGAUUCAACUGCACAUAAGAAGAACUUAAUACUAAAAUCGUAUCAGAGUGCAAAUAUCAUUGAAUUACUUCAUUAUCAUCAGUGUGACUCUCGAUUAUCAACAAGAGCAGAAUAUUUAAAAUGUCUGCUAAACCUGCAAAUUCAGCAUAUCCAUGCCAGGUUUGCUGUCUUCCUGACAGAAAAGCCUGUCUCCAGAGAAGUCUUUGAAAAUAGUGGCAUCCUUGUUACAGAUGUAAAUGACUUUAUUGAAAAUAUACAAAAAGUAGCAGCUCCAUUUAGGAGUAGCUAUUGGUAAGAACACUUUCUGUAACUCGCCCAUGUCAGCUGGAAUUGAGGGCAGAUACUGGCGUUUGUGUCUGUGAGAAAACAAAACUGUACAGAAACUCUGUUCUUUACCUUAAAUGUUAUCAUGCUGUCAAUUAAAAAUAACUUUUGACGUUCUAAAGUAUCCACUAAUGAAAGAAAUAACCAACCUCCUUUGAAUUACCCAGUUUCUCUACGAUUUGCAUUUUCACCUGCAGUUUAUCCUGAUCACCAAAACAGAUGUUACCUUACAAAGCAUAGGAAUUUUCCCCAUUCUAUUUAUAAAAUAGGUUGCUAUUUU